GCGUUGCGCACUGUUUUGUCCGCCGGCCGCCACCGUCCUAGUCAUUACGGAGUUCCACUGCCGAGGAACUUGGGCACGGCGGGGCUGGUGUGGCCGGCACCAUGGAGUCGCCUUUCAGCCCCGGACUUCCUCACCGACCCGAUGAAGACUGGGAUUCUGUGCUGUUUGCUGAACUUGGUUAUUUCACAGACACUGAGGAGCUGCAACUGGAUGGAGCAAAUGAGACUUAUGAAAAUAAUUUUGAUCAUCUUGAUUUUGAUUUUGAUUUGAUGCCUUGGGAAUCAGAUAUUUGGGACAUCAAAAACCAGCUCUGUACAGUUAAAGAUAUUAAGACAGAACCUCAGCCACUUUCACCAGCAUCCUCAAGUUGUUCCGUCUCAUCUCCUGGGUCAGUGGAAUCCUCCUCUUCAACUCAGCAUGUUCCUGAGGAGUUGGAUUUGUCUUCUAGUUCCCAGAUGUCUCCACUUUCCUUAUAUGGUGAAAGCUGUAAUAGUCCUUCCUCAGUAGAGCCACUGAAGGAAGAAAAGCCCAUCAUUGGUCCUAGGAACAAAAUUGAAAAUGGAUCAACUCCAAAGAAAAAAGUUCUGAUGAGUUCAAAACCUUCAAUUCAGCCCAAGCCUUUAUUACUUCCAGCAGCACCCAAGACUCAAACUAACUGCAGUGUUCCAGCAAAAGCCAUCAUUAUUCAGACUCUGCCAACGCUUAUGCCUCUAGCAAAGCAGCACCCAAUUAUCAGUAUACAGCCUGCACCCAACAAAGGUCAGACGGUUUUGCUCUCUCAGCCCACUGUGGUACAACUCCAGCCCCCAGGAGUUCUGCCCUCUGCUCAGCCUGUCCUUGCUGUCACUGGAGGAGCCACACAACUACCUAAUCAUGUGGUGAAUGUCGUACCGGCCCCUGUGGUGAAUAGCCCAGUGAAUGGAAAACUCUCUGUGACCAAACCUGCCUUCCAGGGUCCCACAAAGAGUGUGGGUUCAGAUAUUGCCGUACUAAGGAGGCAGCAACGGAUGAUAAAAAACCGAGAGUCUGCUUGUCAAUCUCGCAAGAAGAAGAAGGAAUACAUGCUGGGGUUAGAGGCAAGGUUAAAGGCUGCCCUCUCAGAGAACGAGCAACUCAAGAAGGAGAAUGGGUCACUGAAGCGGCAGCUGGAUGAAGUUGUGUUGGAGAACCAGAGACUUAAAGUUCCUAGUCCAAAGCGAAGAGCUGUGUGUGUGAUGAUUGUAUUGGCAUUUAUAAUACUGAACUAUGGGCCCAUGAGCAUGCUAGAACAGGAUUCUAGGAGGAUGAAACCUAGUGUGAACCCUGCAAAUCAAAGGAGGCAUCUUUUAGGAUUUUCUGCUAAAGAAGCCCAAGACACAUCAGAUGGUAUCAUCCAGAAAAGCAGCUACAGUUAUGAUCAUUCUGUUUCAAAUGACAAAGCCCUAAUGGUGCUCACUGAAGAACCACUACUUUAUAUUCCUCCACCUCCUUGUCAACCCCUGAUUAACACGACAGAGUCUCUCAGGUUGAAUCAUGAACUUCGAGGCUGGGUUCAUAGACAUGAAGUAGAAAGGACCAAGUCCAGGAGAAUGACGAAUAAUCAACAGAAAACCCGUAUUCUUCAGGGUGCCCUGGAACAGGGCUCAAAUUCUCAGCUGAUGGCAGUCCAAUACACAGAAACCACUAGUAUCAGUAGGAACUCGGGGAAUGAACUACAAGUGUAUUAUGCUUCACCCAGAAGUUAUCAAGAUUUCUUUGAAGCCAUCCGCAGGAGGGGAGACACUUUUUAUGUUGUAUCAUUUCGAAGGGAUCACCUAUUGUUACCAGCUACCACCCAUAACAAGACCACAAGACCAAAAAUGUCUAUUGUAUUGCCAGCAAUAAACAUAAAUGAGAAUGUGAUCAACGGGCAGGACUAUGAAGUGAUGAUGCAGAUUGACUGCCAGGUGAUGGACACCAGGAUCCUUCACAUCAAAAGCUCCUCAGUUCCUCCUUACCUUCGAGAUCAACAGAGAAAUCAAACCAACACCUUCUUUGGUUCCCCUUCAGCAGCCACAGAGGCAACCCAGGUGGUCAGCACCAUCCCUGAAUCACUGCAGUAGUGACCUGGAGCUGUGCCGGAAAACUAAGACUGCAGCCCUGGCAGCCAAGAGCAGGAGAGAGAAAUGUUGCUUUCUGCUGCCUGAGUGGCACGCAGAGACUUCCCUCUUACAACAAUUGAAGGAGAAGAGAGAGAACACGAAGCUGCUGUUUUUCACCAUCUACCCAUCUACUUGGAAAGCGCUGGCCUUCACAUGUGAGAGAACAUUGCUCCAGAAGCAAAUGUAGCCUGCAGCUUCCAAUGUUACUGGGUGUAGAUCACGUCUCCGUAGCUUUCUCGGUUUUUCUAGUUCUAUUUUUUUUGUGUUUAAAUAGUCACCUUCUUUCAAAUAGGAUCCACUCCCCUUUUCUGCCAUCUCACUUAUGGAUACAGUAAAGAGAUUUUUAUUUAACAUUGUAGCACAUGGGUGCUCAGGUGAUUUCCAUUGCUUUGGCUUUUUUGUUCCUUUAAAGCAGACUGUGUGCUUGAAAAAAUAAAUUUCAAAACCAGAAUGGCCAACAACACCCCACAAAGAGGAAAAACAAUUUAAGGCUUUGGUAAAAGAGAAUAUACUCAGUUGGUAAAGCUUA